GAUGUGGUAGGCGGUGAGCUAGCUAUGGUGGAACCUUUUGCUUGGUACUCAAGUACCUCCUCCUCUGUAAUCAUGGAAAAGCUGCUGGCUAUUUAUUUGUUGACUUUUUGUUGUUGCUUUCUUUGUUUUGUACGUGCUGAUUAUUUCUUUCAAUUAAUCAAUAUUUCACUCAAAACAUUCACAGACUUCUAAUUACUUUCCAAUUGCAAUAGCAAAGUAAAUUUGGAGGGGUACAUCUGUCUGCUGAUGCCUAAGUCCUAAGGCCCAAACCCAAACAUUGAAACCCUCACCAACCAAUGAACCACCAUCUUCCACACCCAAUCCCCCAUAACAACGGAACCCAUUCAACUCCAACACCCACUCCGCUCUCCGUAAAAUGGAACAGAGAUACUCCCCCCCAGCAACCACCUCAACAUCCACCUUUCCAACCGACCCUUCAGAAUUCGACUCCGACGACCGAAUCUCCUUCUCAAAACUCGACAACAAAUUCCUACUCGUCGUCUCAGAUGGCACAGAAUACGAAUUCGACGACGCGAUCAAGCGGUGGAUCCCCGUCGUUGAUGAGGCGCUCCUAGAGCAGCAGCAGAAAGCAUAUCAAGUCGCGGGGGUUGAUGAAAAUGAACCGGUCGAGGCGAUGAAGAGGAAGAGGAAGAAGGAGUAUGUUAAUGGUGAAGAUGUAUGUUCCCUAUCACAUACCUUGUUUUCUUCUCAAGAAGGGGGGAUUACUUAAGAGGAAUGGGAUAGGGCAAAUGCUGAUGCAAUGGAUACAGGAAGGAGGACGAGAAAAAAAGGCUCCUAAGAAACAACGAGCGCCCCUCCCUCCCCGCGCAAACACCGCUGUCUACGUAACCGGUCUCCCACUCAACGUCACCAUCUCAGAGGUCCACGAGGUAUUCUCGCGCAAAUGCGGUGUCAUCGCUGAAGAAAUCGACUCGGGCGCGCCCCGUAUAAAACUGUAUACCAACGAGAAAGGGGAAUUCAAAGGUGAUGCCCUGAUUGUAUUUUUCAAGGCGCCCAGCGUGGAUAUGGCCAUUAUGUUACUGGAUGAUACGGAGUUUCGCAUGGGCAAUGGGGAGGGAAGUGGAAAGAUGAGGGUUAUGGCUGCGGAUAUGAGCUAUAAGAAGGUGCAGGGUGAUGGAGAUGCCGAGAUGACGGGGGUGGAUAAGGAGAAAGAACGGGAGAGACAGAGGACGAAGGCGAGAGAUAAGGCGAAGAUCAUAAAGAAGACGCAGAAACUGGAUGCGCGGUUAGCGGAUUGGAGUGAUGACGAGCCAUCGACCAUCCUCGAAACGACUUCCAAGUUUGACAAAGUUGUUAUUCUGAAGCAUAUGUUUACCCUGGGGGACCUGGCUGAGGAUCCCGCUGCGAUACUGGAUAUCAAGGAGGAUAUUAGGGAGGAGUGUAGUAAGCUUGGGGAGGUUACGAAUGUGGUUCUUUUUGAUUUGGAGGAGGAUGGGGUGGCCAGUGUACGAUUUACGGAUGUGGAGGCCGCGAGGGCUUGUGUGAAACUUAUGGAUGGGAGGAGUUUUGAUGGUCAGAAGGUGGAGGCGUAUAUUUCGGACGGCAAAGAGCAAUUCAAAAAGUCGAAAAAGAAGGCCGAGGAAGAGGAGAAGUAAUCUAAUGGGAUCUGGGCAUUCGAGAAAGUGUGUUGGGGGAGGAUUGUGAAAUUACUGUAUAUUAUUUACAUGAUACCAGGCUCACAGUGGGCUAAUUUAUUUCGUCGAUAGACGGGUUUGCAACGGCGAUUUUGUUUUCUGUAUGUAUAUUCAAUAUGUAUUGGGAAAUACCAUUGGUAUUAAG